AUGACAGCAACAAACAACAACAGCAACUUUAUCAUUUCUGAUGAAAAAGUUAUUGAUUCAUUAGCUGAGGAAUUAGUUGUGGCAGAAACUAAAACCCUCAACGAAAGAAUUGGUGAAAACAAGAUUGAUUUACAUAACUACCUCAAACAUGAUGGAGGAAGAGGAAGGAAAACUGGUAUGGCUUUAUUAGUAAAUAAAAUAUCAAAUUUAACGAUUAUAGAUAUUGAUAUCAAUAAAUCGUACAAUGAUGAACUUAAAGAAACAGUUAGAAAAGACAUUUUAUCAAAACUUUCGGAUAAAGAUGUUAUCGUUAAAACCGCUUCAGGAGGUCUUCACAUUUAUUGCAACACUAAUUUCUUCUAUGCAGUUUCGAACAGAAUGAUUAAAUGUUAUUCUUGCAAUGAUUAUGAUAUUGAUAUAAUGACUUCAAUGGAUGAUUCAAAGCGUUCUUUAGUAGUUAUGGCUGAUUCAAGAGUUCGCAAGAAUGCAUCAGAACCAAUCAAUACAUACUCAUUCAUUCGUGGAAGUUAUGAUUCAACAUUAACCAGAACAGUGAAUGAUAUAUUAAAUGAUUUGAAUAUUAAGGUAAGAGUUGAACAGAAGAACGAAGAAAUAAAGACUAUCAUGAAUGAAAACAAAGAUGUAAACAUUGACGAUAAACUUGCCCAGAGCAUAGUUGAUGGCAUCA